AUGGAGAAUCACUCAAACAACCUAUUCCGAUUUAGUCUCGGUAACCUCAGAUUGCCCAAAUCUGCAAAAUUAAGAGCAUUUGGAAUCUACUUGUCGGGUGGACUAUUUGCCAUUGGGUUUUGGUCAUUGAUUGACUCGGCCAUCUAUUCCAAAACGGUUAAUGCUUCAGACGUGCACGUCACUUUCGUCGAUUGGAUACCAUUCAUAUGCUCGUCGUUGGGUAUGUUGAUUGUCAACUCAAUUGAAAAGAGUAACUUGAUGAAUAAUGAUCAGAGUGGAGGAGGUGGAGCGGGCGUGUUUGAUGAUGGCACCAAUUAUGUGUGGGCGGCUAGAACCAUCUUAUUUUUGGGGUUUAGUUUGCUUGCUGGUGGAUUAGCUGGAAGUUUUAUGGUUUUCAUCUUGAAGUAUUUGAUGAAACAUUAUUCAUUUCCUACUUUGGGCAUGGGGGUGUCAAAUAUUGUUUGUAAUGGUUGUGUAAUGUUGAGUUGUAUUGUGUUGUGGUUGUCACAGAAUAUCGAGGAUGAGUAUAGUUAUAGUUUAGCUUUGUAG